UGUAAGUCCUCUCUUACAGACUGAAAAGUCUCUUGCUGUCUCAGUUAACGCGAGUGAUGAUGAGGAAAGACAUCUCGUGCCCGAGCCUGGACCCGAACUGCACGCGCAUCGUGGAAAGAAUGUCCUCGUGGAACAGAUCCGCAGUAAGCGCGUACCGGCUGGUGGAUUUAUCUCCCAUCACUACACCUGUUGCCAUGGUUGAGGAGUCUGUCUAUCCUUUCCCAACGGUGGACGUGCCUGAUCAUGCUCAUUACAUUAUUGGAGCUGUCAUCCUUACCGUUGGCAUCACUGGCAUGUUGGGCAACUUCCUGGUCAUCUAUGCUUUCAGCAGGAGCCGAACCCUCAGGUCACCUGCCAACAUGUUCAUAAUAAAUCUGGCCAUCACAGAUUUCCUCAUGUGUGCCACCCAAGCACCCAUUUUCUUCACCACCAGCAUGCACAAGAGAUGGAUCUUUGGAGAGAAAGGCUGUGAGUUGUAUGCCUUCUGCGGGGCUUUAUUUGGCAUCUGUUCCAUGAUCACACUCGUGGUCAUCGCCGUGGAUCGAUACUUUGUGAUCACGCGGCCAUUGGCCUCCAUCGGCGUGUUGUCUCAGAAGAGAGCUGUUCUGAUUCUUCUGGCAGCCUGGGUCUAUUCCCUCGGAUGGAGUCUACCUCCGUUCUUUGGUUGGAGCGCUUAUGUUCCUGAAGGGCUGCUGACCUCUUGCACCUGGGAUUAUAUGACAUUCACGCCCUCCGUGCGAGCUUACACUAUGCUGCUUUUCACCUUUGUGUUCUUCAUUCCUCUUAUCAUCAUCAUCUACUGCUAUUUUUUUAUUUUCCGGUCCAUUCGUAGAACCAAUGAGGCUGUGUGCAAAAUUAUUGGGGAUAACAAGCGAGACUCAAUUAAAAGAUUCCAGCGGCUGAAAAAUGAAUGGAAGAUGGCGAAAAUCGCUCUUAUUGUCAUUCUCAUGUAUGUCAUCUCCUGGUCUCCAUAUUCAACUGUGGCACUAACAGCGUUUGCUGGGUAUGCUGAUAUGCUCACGCCAUAUAUGAAUUCAGUACCUGCAGUUAUAGCCAAAGCUUCAGCCAUCCACAAUCCCAUCAUCUAUGCCAUUACACACCCCAAAUACAGGGUGGCCAUAGCGAAAUACAUUCCUUGUCUCCGCAUGCUGCUGUGUGUUCCCAAGCGUGACCUCCACUCCAUCCACAGUAGCUUAAUGUCCACACGCCGCUCCACUGUCACGAGUCAAUCCUCUGACAUCUCUGGAACCUUCUGCAGAACCAGCACUAGGAAAUUUCGGCUCUCGUCAGCCUCCGAUAGUGAAUCUGGCUGGACAGACACUGAGGCUGAUCUCUCCAGCAUGGGCUCCAGGCCAGCUAGCCGGCAGGUGUCGUGUGAUAUUAGCAGAGAUACUGCAGAGGUCACAGACUUUAAACCGUCUAACUCAUCUAGCUUCAAGUCUAAACUCAAAAGCCACGACUCAGGCAUCUUUGAAAAGAGCUCCUCUGAUGUGGAUGAUCCGGCUCAACCUGACCGUAGUUUCCCUCUAGCAGCUGGUGACAAUACAGAAAUGACCGUUUCGAGAGGUAUGAUUGGUCGGAUCCCCAGUAUUGUUGUCACUUCUGAGUCUAGCUCUUUCCUGCCCUCAACGCAGCCUAGCUACAAAAUCAGCCGUUCAGGUGUGUCCAAUGGCAGUGUGGGGUCAAAUUUCUCCACGAGAAAUUCUUCACAGCAGGGGGCAGUACAUCUCUCCAUCGCUGCUGAAACACCCGCUGUCCCUCAAUUAGAAAAGCCUUGCCCUCAGUAACCUAAUGCUUAUACCUCCUCAAAUGCUGUCUGACUCUUGCAUUCAAACUUUGUGUCAAUGUUAAGUGUUUUAUGAGUAAUCCUGUUCUUUGGUGUCGAAGUUUAGCAAUGAGAGCUGGCAAGAAACCAAACUGAUGUCUUGAUGUCUUCCUUUUAUGUUUGUAAUACAUUUUUAUCAUGAUUUUACCUCAGCUGUUGACUAAUAUCUUUGCUUCCCUUUUGAAGGGAAAAUUUAACAGGAUGUGAAUUAAUCAGAUAAAUGCUUAUUCAUGGAAAGUAUGACCAAGGGGAUUUGUUGUAUUGGAGACCUUUUCUUAUUCUGGUUGUUGAUGUCAAAUAGGCAGCAAUGAUCUUCACUUACAGAUAUCAGCUUAGUUUGUAUUUGAUUUAGUCUCAUGUACAUUAUAGAAAUACAUUUUCCUGAUACUUGUCUAUUUAUCUUCACUCAAAAAAAUGCUGGGUCAUAGGUUUAUUUAAACCAACCUGAUGGAUUUGUGAAAUGAACACAAAAGAAAAAAUGUAUAGCUCUGAAUAAAGUGUCUGUCAAAUGCAAAAAAUGUAAAGUAAAACAACCCAGCAUUUUUUUUAAAUGUGCCUGAAUGUUGGUUACUGUGGUCAUGUGUUUUGUUGUUGUAAAAGCUGAAAUGUUCUCCUCUUGGUUCAAUGACAGAACUGCAAUGACCUCUACUCCUUUGAUUUUUAUAUUCUCAAGUGAAUUUGCAAGCUUUUUUAGUUUUUCUCAGUAUUUAGUAAAUGUGUGUGUUUUUAAUAUGUGGUGCAACAGAACAUUAGAAAACCCUGAAAACAUCAGCAUUAGAAUGUGAACUCUUAUUUAAAUAUAUUAUCACUGUUUGCAAUUAACUAAGAACUCAUUCUUUGUUUUUAUGUUAUCGCAUUUUUGAAAAUAAUAACACAGCUAAUUCACCAUAAGGCAAACGACUUACUCCAGUGACUUCUGUCAUCUGUUUCUUGUGGCAACAGAUGUAAAUGGUUGUAGAGAUAAAAGGGUUUUUGUGUACGUGGCUUUGAAAAGAGGGAAUAUUAAACAGCACAUGCCCGCAGCGGAGACACAUCAUUAUCACUGUAAACACUGAAUAGUGCCAACAUGAGAGAAUUCGCAGCUUACGUCAUGAAUGCAGUGUAUGUCUCCAUAAAUCUAUCAAGUUAGCACCCUAAUGAAGAGUGCCCUCAUGCACAACAGCAUAUACUCCAAUAGUUCAACAGAACACCUCGCAAGACCUAUUUAAUGUUUAUUAUUGUGUAUUUUUAGCUUAAUUAAAAUGUACUUUUUAUGUUUAAACCGUUAUGUUGCCUUUUAUUCAAUUAUAUUUUUGUAGGUUGUACCCCAAAAGUGUUGGUGGCUGCUCUUCUAGAUAGUUUUAAAAGACACGUUUUAGCAAAUAAUUUUAUGACACUUAGUGGUUUGUGUUUUCCUGGCUUUUUUCUAGAAUACAAAGCAAUUUUUGCAAGUAUUUGUAGUCUAUGCACUGUUGUAGAUAGUCUUAGAUCAGAGUGAAUAUUAUUGUUAAUGUGUAUACUUUAAA